AUAAGAAAAAAACAAAUACUUUUUGGCUUUUGUCACUUGUUCCAAAAGUGGAAUGAUAAAAUUAAAAUCUCCACUAUUGUUUAGGAACUUAUUCCGUAUUGGUUUGUUGACCUCCUUAAGAAAUUUUACUGUUACCCAUUUUAUUUAGUGAGUUAUUAUUAUUACUUCUUAGUCCAUAAAAGGAGGGGUGGUGCCAUUCGUAAACUGUUCCACUAUAACACUAAUUACAAUGUAAUUUUAAUUUUUUCUCCUUAGCGUUAUAGUGUAUGACCAACCAACUACCACUUACCACCAAUCACUUAUAUUUCGCCAAUGCCGAUUAUAUAACUUCUAUUAUAUAAAUAUAAAUAGUUUAUUAUUUUAUUUUUCAAUUUCUCUUUCCCUUUUCCUUUUCUCUUUUACUCUUCAUUAAUCGUUAUUGACUUGAUUGUACUCACUCCCAAUCAAACUCAUUUAUCACACCAUUUAUUUUCUUCCCCACCACCCACUCCCCCCACACUAUGACCAUUUCAAAAGUUUACGCUCGUGUUGUUUAUGACUCUAGAGGUAAUCCAACCGUUGAAGUUGUAAUCAGUACUGAAAAAGGUAAAUUUAGUGCCAUUGUCCCCUCUGGUGCUCAUCAUAAUUCUCAUGAAUGUCUUGAUUUAAGAGAUAAUGAUCCUAAGAAAUGGAAUGGUAGAGGUGUAUCUCAAGCAGUUCAAAAUGUUAAUGAAAUCAUUGCUCCUGCUUUAAUUAAAGCUAAUUUGGAUGUUACCGAUCAAGAAUCAAUUGAUGAAUUUUUAAUUGAUUUAGAUGGUACUCCAACUAAAGAAAAAUUAGGUGCAAAUGCAAUUUUAGCUGUUUCAUUAGCAGUCGCAAAAGCUGGGGCAGGUAAAAAGGGAUCUCCCUUAUAUAAACAUAUUGCUGAUUUAGCUAAAUUACAUGAAUAUCCAUUUUUAAUUCCAACUCCUUUCUUUAAUGUCUUGAAUGGUGGUAUUCACUCUGGUAGUGGAUUAACUUUUCAAGAAUUUAUGGUUGUUCCAUAUGGCGCUCCAUCAUUUUUUGAAGCAGUUAGAUAUGCUACUGAAAUUUUUCAUACUUUAAGAACUCUUACUAUUGAAAAAUAUGGUUCUUCUUCAGCUAAUUUAGGUGAUGAAGGUGGUAUUGCUCCUAAUGUUGAAAAUGCUCGUCAAGCUUUAGAUUUGAUUGUUUCAGCCAUUAAAGGUGCAGGUUAUGAAGGUCAAGUUGGUAUUGCUAUUGAUGCAUCAGCUUCUGAUUUCUAUAAAGAAGGUAAAUAUGAUUUAAACUUUAAGAAUGAAGAACUUUCAAAUGCCAUUGAUUAUUUAACUAGUGAUCAAUUAGCUGAGUUAUAUUGGGAUUUAAUUAAUAAAUAUCCUAUUGUUUCAUUAGAAGAUCCAUUUUCUGAAGAUGAUUGGGAAGCUUGGACUAAAUAUUAUCCAAAAUUCCAAAGUAAAGUUCAAAUUGUGGCUGAUGCCAUUACUUCAACUACUCCAGAAAUCAUUGAACAAGGUAUUGAAAAGAAAAUUGCUAAUGUCUUAUUGUUAAAAUUAAAUCAAAUUGGUACUUUAACUGAAGCAAUCGAUGCUGCUAAAUUGGCUUAUGAUGCAGGUUGGGCAGUUCAAGUUUCUCAUAGAUCGGGUGAAACAGAAGACACCACGAUUGCCGAUUUAGCAGUUGGAUUAAGAACUGCCCAAAUUAAAUCUGGAGCUCCAGCAAGAUCAGAAAGAUUUGCUAAAUAUAAUCAAAUCAUUAGAAUUGAAGAUGAUUUAGAAAAAUACGCUGUUUAUGCUGGUAAGAAUUUCCAUGAUUCUAAUAAAUCUUAGUUAAUGAGUCUUUAUAUAAUUCAUUGCUAUCAAUCUUGAUGAUUUUAUGAAUGAUUGUGCUUUCAGUUUGUCUUUUCAAUUAAAUAUUU